AAAACUCAAAUAUAUGACAAAAAACGUUGAUGUUUUUGAUUCUUUUCCGACUUCUCAGCUAUCUAAUCUUCCCACCCUAACUAAUAAGACUGUGAUUUCGUCUAUUGUCAGAAGGAUCGUGUGGUAUCCUGUGAUACCAUUGAUAACUCAAUUUUUUAGCUCUUUCGUUGAAACCUACGCUUAUUUUAAUCAUGUUACCUCCUAUCCUUUAUUUUUAGUUUGCUUUGUUGGCAUAUCACUUCAAGGAUUGCUAAAUACUUUAGUAUUUUCUCAAGAUAUUGCUGUUAUCCGCGCUUUCCAGGCCAUUAAACUACAAUGGUGGAUCUCCAAUGUUAACUCUUAUGAGUCUCACUAUCCUUACAACAAAGCCAUAAAAGAUGAAUUUAGCAUGCCAGAAAAAUUGAAUGAUUUUGUUGAGUUGAAAGCUCUAAAUUAUAAUAGUGGAGUUAAUAAUAAUAAUUUAGGUUUACAACCUUCUUUUUUCGAAUGCUUCUUUCAAUUAAUUUCACCCAAACUUUUAUCACCGAACAAUUCUUUUGCUGGAAAUAAGCCUGAUACCUCUUUUGCUGGAAAUAAGCCUGAUACCUCUUUUGCUCUGUUUGGAAAGGACAAUUUAAAAAAGGAUAUAACUAUUAACAAUCAAAAUGAUGAUCAAGAUAAUCAUUUAGUUCUUCUAGAACCGGUUCAUUUAAAAGAUUCCUUCCAAUACCCCACAUUUGAUUUAUCAUCUCAUUAUUUAAAUCCAUCGAUUUCGCUUGAUCUCUUAAUAGAUAGUUCUAGAAAUAAUCAAACCAAUCAAACUAAUACAAAUAAUACAAAUUUAAUAGAUAGAUCAAACUGUACGGUUAAUGAUGAUGAGGGACGGAUUGAUGUUAUACUUGUUAAUGGUGAAUCAACAAAAAGAGUUUCAGAAGAAUUUACAAAAAUAUUUAAUUCAGAUAUCGAUAUAUCUCAAGAAAUUGAAAUGUUUGAUCAGAUACUAAAAAUUUUAUAA